AUGGGAAUUGGUCGUUCGAACCCAACCAACAUUGCCUUCACAACUGCUCUACCACAGGAUGAUCAAAUACUCAACAUUGAAUACUUCGAAUUUAAAUCCAUCUAUUUUCGUGUGCAAGAGCUUGUUAACAAGCAAGUCAACAUCAGCCUCAAGUACGAUCAGCUCAAACUACCGGAAAUUCAUCAUACUAUUAUCAAACCAAUAAGUGAGGAGAUGUUUCAUUUGGCUGACACCAAUGUGAUUUUUCGGAAAUUUACUCGACAUUACAACUUUACUCACAACGAAUUGGCAGUGAAAUACGGUAUGAACAAUACUUUUGAAUCGAUUGAACAAUCGAAACCAAAUAUCUCGUCACAACUUAUAUUCAUCCUUCUUUUGCUUCGACACGAAUACUUGUUGCAGGCUGCGAGAAAUUUAGUUAUGUUCGAGCUAUUGAAGACGAAGGCUACUGUUUGUGAGAUUUUGGCUAUUAGGGCGCUUAGAGAAUUUGACUCGUUGCAUUUGACCAAUCUGCUCUUCUUGACUCCACUCAACUGCAAUCUCUUUCCCUCGAAGCUGAGAGAACUGUUCAAUACCUUGGAGCUCAGUAUAAUCAGCAAAGCCUACAAGUUUCUAUCUCAACCAGUUAUCAUCAAAGUUAUCAAUAGAUUCCACAACGGUGAGCUCAUCUUUAAAAGAGAUCUGUCAGCUGAAAUGACUGAAAAGAAACAGUUGAUUGGUGGAUCCAAGGUUGCAAGCUAUCGAUAUGAGAAGAUCAGCUUCGGGGAAGUAUCUCGUCGGGUGAACGUUGUUCCUAAAUACCAAGCAAUUGUUUUUAACGUUCAGAUGUUUUCUCUCCUAAUUACAUAUUUGUUGAUGAUAUCCGUGGAGCAUACGACGCUACAUCAAGUUGUUCAAAUAUUAUUUUGGCUAAUCGCAAUCAAUUACAAUUUUGAUGUGUGUCUAAAGCUUAGCCAAAUUGAGUUUAGGUAUUUAAGGUUGGUCGUGUGGACCUAUAUCGAUUUGAUUUUACUAUCAAUACUUGAUAUAUGUCUAUGCUUGGAAUUAAUGGGGUCAAAUCAUUUUGGUUAUGUAUUCAGCUUAGUGCCCAUAGUGCUUUUGCCCCGGUUAAUGCUGAUUUUCAACAAUUACAAAUUUUUCAAUCUAUUGGUGAUUUCCUCUGAGCGUAUGGCGAUGAGUCUUAUAGGUCUUGUGUGCGUCUUUUUCACAAUGAUACUGGGGUUUUACUUUUCAUUCAUUGCUCUUUCAUACUCGCAAUCUGGACUGGAGAUUCUUUUCAAUAUGGUGAAAGUCUUUUUUGGAUUCACGCCCUCCGUAUGGGACAAUUGGGAUGAUUACAAUGCGCUAGGCAAAGUGAUUUUGAUGGCUUACCUAUUCCUAAUUGAGUUCAUCAUCAGUUCUAUUUUGGCUAUUUUGUUAUCGGGGGUGUUUGCGAAAGUCCAUCAAAAGAAUGACGAAGAGUUUCAUUUGAUGCAAGCCGUUUAUCUAGCACUUGCAAUCAAUCAGGGGAGGUUGAACCAAAAGCAACUUUUCUGGGGUAAGUCAACAUGGGCGUAUCCUUGGAAACUCGCUUCAAAUUUUGUCCUGUCUGCAAAUGCUUAUCUUAGACUUCCAAUUGUGGUAGCCAUAUACGUUUACGAGAUUAUCCAAACGACUCCUGCGACUACAGACAAAAAUUUCACCUUUCUCGAAAAGGAACUCGAUAUGUUCGGAGAGGAAGAUACUAGACAUUUGCUGCGAUUCACCACUUUCAGUGAGAAUUAUGAUGAUGAUUUGUCAGUGACAAAACUGAGAGUGAACAUAGCUUUCAAAAGACGCCGUAGCACAUUGGAGAGAAAUAGAGGCCCCACCCUUGCAAAUAAGACGUUUUUUGGAAGCUUGCAAAUGUCGAACUCUCAAUUGAAAACGGUUCAGCUGGUACUGACGUUCGGCGCUGCUAAUAUUCGCACUGCGUCCACUGAUCUGACAUUCAUAGACGAGCUCUUGAGAAAGAAGUAUCACAAAGACGAAGACUUGAAAUGGGACGAAUUGAAACUAAGCCAUUCCAAAGAGACGUCCCCCGUAUGCUCCUCGAAUGAGCGAAUUAUCGAGAAGUUGAUACAGGUGGAGCAAUUGAUUAAUCGAUUGGUUGGUGAUCAGUACAAAGACGUCUCUAAUCUGGUUAUAGAAUACUCAGUAUUCGACCCGGAUGAAACGUUUGAACAAUCCAGCGUAUAUGACGCCGAAGAAGCGUGUUGA